AUGGCGAUCCAUCUACCGAACCGGCAACUAUUCAUCGGCGGAGAAUGGAGAGAACCCAUUCUCAAAAAUCGCAUCCCCAUUAUCAACCCUGCCACUGAACAGAUCGUCGGUCGGUUGACUAACUCACUCACUAUGUCUCAGCAUGUGUGUCUUUUGCAGGGUGAUAUACCUGCAGCUACUGCAGAAGAUGUAGAGAUUGCAGUUGAAGCAGCUAAGAAAGCAUUUUCUAGGAACAAGGGCAAAGAUUGGUCCUCUAAUUCUGGUGCUUAUCGUGCCAAGUAUUUGCGUGCUAUUGCUGCUAAGAUAACUGAGAGGAAAUCUGAACUAGGAAAACUUGAAGCAAUUGAUUCUGGAAAACCUCUUGAUGAAGCACUGUGGGACAUGGAUGAUGUUGCGGGAUGUUUUGAGUACUAUGCAGACCUUGCUGAAGGCUUAGAUUCAAAGCAGAAAGCUCCUGUUUCUCUUCCUAUGGACACAUUUAAGAGCUAUGUUCUUAAAGAACCACUUGGGGUUGUUGCACUGAUCACUCCAUGGAAUUACCCGCUAUUGAUGGCUACAUGGAAAGUGGCUCCAGCCCUGGCUGCUGGCUGCACUGCAAUACUGAAGCCUUCUGAACUGGCAUCUGUGACCUGUUUGGAGCUGGCUGAAGUGUGUAGGGAGGUUGGUCUUCCUCCUGGUGUCCUCAAUAUUUUAACUGGGUUGGGCACUGAAGCAGGUGCUCCUUUGGCAUCUCAUCCUCAUGUUGACAAGAUUGCAUUUACUGGGAGCACUGCUACAGGGAGCAGGAUAAUGGCAUCUGUAGUUCAAAUGGUUAAGCCUGUUUCAAUGGAGCUAGGUGGGAAAAGCCCAAUCGUUGUUUUUGAGGAUGUUGAUCUCGAUAAGGAGGGGAAGCUAGUAUAUGAUUAUGCAGGUGUUGCUUUUAAUAGUAGUUUACUUGCUAUCUUCCAGCGGCCGAGUGGACCCUCUUUGGUUGCUUUUGGACAAAUGGGCAGAUAUGCAGUGCAACAUCCCGAGAGCAUUGCAUCAGAAUUUUUGGACAGGCUUGUCAAAUGGACCGAAAAAAUUAAAAUUUCUGAUCCUUUCGAAGAAGGCUGCAGGCUUGGCCCAGUUUAUGAGAAAGUAUUAAAAUUCAUUGCAACCGCCAAGAGUGAAGGUGCAACCAUUUUGAGUGGCGGGGAUCGUCCCAAGCAUUUAAACAAGGGAUUCUUUGUUGAACCAACCAUCAUUUCUGAUGUAACAACCUCCAUGCAAAUCUGGAGAGAAGAAGUUUUUGGACCUGUUCUGUGUGUUAAAACAUUUAGUACUGAAGAUGAAGCUAUUGAGUUGGCAAAUGACACCCAUUAUGGCUUAGGAGCUGCUGUUAUAUCAAAUGAUGUAGAGAGGUGUGAUCGUGUCACCAAGGCUUUCCGGGCAGGUAUUGUAUGGGUCAAUUGCUCACAGCCAUGCUUCUGUCAGGCUCCUUGGGGAGGCAUUAAGCGCAGUGGUUUUGGGCGUGAAUUAGGAGAAUGGGGACUUGAAAAUUACUUGAGUGUGAAGCAGGUAACGCAGUAUACCUCUGAUGAGCCAUGGGGUUGGUACCAGUCUCCCUCGAAGCUGUAA